UACAUUUAUAUUCCCUUGAACUCCCUGAGCAGCAACAGAGACGGAGGGAGAGCGAAUCAGGGUACGACGGGAUACAGCUGAUCUAGGAGUGUUGCAUAAGAGCCAAGAUGCAGGCCGCCUUCAGGACCUUUGUUCGCCUUCCCCAGGCUAUAGGACGACGGCUGCAGUCAACACUUGUUAUUGCAGAGCAUGACAAUAACAAUUUAACACCAAUCACCCUCAAUGCCCUCAGUGCUGCAAAGAAGCUUGGUGGAGAUGUGUCAUGCCUAGUGGCUGGCAGCAACUGUGGAAGUGUUGUUGCUGAGUUAUCCAAGGCUGCUGGCAUCAGUAAGAUCCUUGUGGCAGACUCGGAGGCUUUUGUUGGCUUCCUUCCUGAGCGACUUGCCCCAUUGGUCACAGCCACACAAAACCAGUUCAAGUUCACUCAUAUUGUUGCUGGUGCCUCAGCUCAGGGGAAAUCUUUAUUACCACGUGUGGCAGCCAAACUUGAUGUCUCUCCCAUCAGUGAUAUCAUAGAAGUGAAGGCUGCUGAUACUUUUGUGCGCACCAUCUAUGCUGGCAAUGCUUUGAUGACCCUAAAGAGCAAGGAUCCUGUCAAGGUGAUCACUGUACGAGGGACCAGUUUUGAAGCUGCCUCGGUUGAAGGAGGUUCUGCUGCGCAAGAGAAUGUUGCUGCUGGGAAUCUCCCUACUGAUCUCUCCCAGUUCCUUGGCCAAGAACUUUCCAAAUCAGAUCGACCAGAGUUAACAGCUGCUAAGACUGUCAUCAGUGGAGGAAGAGGCAUGAAAAAUGGGGAGAACUUUGAAAUGUUGUACUCUCUUGCGGACAAACUGAAUGCAGCUGUGGGAGCGUCCAGAGCAGCUGUGGAUGCUGGCUUUGUUCCCAAUGACAUGCAGAUUGGCCAGACUGGCAAGAUUGUUGCACCUGAGCUCUAUAUUGCUGUAGGCAUCAGUGGUGCUAUUCAACACCUUGCUGGAAUGAAAGACUCCAAAACAAUUGUUGCAAUAAACAAGGACCCUGAAGCCCCCAUCUUCCAGGUAGCUGACUUGGGUCUGGUGGCAGAUCUCUUCAAAGCAGUUCCCGAGAUAAUAGAAAAGGUUUAAUCACAUCUCUUCAAAGCAGUUCCCGAGAUAAUAAAAGGUUUAAUCACAUAAUUGUAAUAAGGCUCAAAAUAUUUGACAAACUAUAUAUCUUUUAAAAAUUUAGGUGUCUUAUUACAAAAUUGUUUCAGACAUAUGUUUUAAUAUUGCUUUUUCUGUACAUAAAUUAUGCUCUUGUAGGUGUGUGUAGUUUGUAUGCAUGUGGAGCCUUGUUACCAGCAAACAGAAAAGGUCCAAACCACAACACCAUGGGUUGUAAACUUAUUAGGUAAGAAAAAAUUAUAUAUGUAGCUGAUGAAGCAAUGCAAUCUAGGUUAUGUGGGUAUUAAAAUAAAUAAUUUAAGUA